UCGGACGUAAAUAAAUUGUUUUAUAAAGGCGUGUUUAAAGUUUUAAUAUAUUUUAAAGGUUUUAAAGUUAUUAAAUAAAGUAGUAGUGCAUAGACUUAGUUCAUUGGCAGUGGCAGCCUUUAUGCAUGGCUUGUGUGUGAAUCAGGAAAGUAACCGCGGGGCUCCUCUUGGAUGAUUUUAUUAAACAAAAUAUUAUGGUAGACGGAGUUUAUAAGGUUCAGUGGGGAAGGAAGGACGAGGUUGACACAGCGGUGGUGAUCGCAGCGGGCAGUGAGAAGGAGAUGAAGGCAGAAUGCAAGAAGUUACAACGCGAGCCUGUCGCACAUACCGCAACAUCCGUUGCUACGACGAAAACAAAGACUCCAAAGCCGAGACAGCCCGCCAGUGUGAUACGGUUGUAUCUCCACCUGGGUUUUACCCAGAGACAACUGUAACUGUGAGCGGUGGGUCAAUCACAGUGUCGACAUCAUCUCCGGUCAGCGCAGCAACGACAGGGGUACAGGCCGUUACUACAUCCGCCGUGACAACAGCCAUGUCUUCAUCAGCACUGACGGUUGUACCAGCCAUCACGUCAUCCGUCGUGAGCACAGAAAUAUCGACGCAAGCAGCAUCGCCGACGUCAGUCGAACCUGCCGUGCAUGCUGUGCCUUCAGGCGACACUCCAACAACAUCACGUCCUGGAUUCAUAAGCAGAACAGGCCGUCCAACGGGAUUUGGACCACUCCAGAGCAACUUGUUGGCAUUGGAGGCAUCCGUUAGGUCUAUGGCAGCGGAACAGAUUAACUUACGAAAGCUUUUCGAAGCCGAGAGACGCGAACGAAGGGAGAUGGAGGGGAAGUAAAAGUAAUGAGGGCUCUGCUAGAGAGCAUCGCGUGUAAGCUGGAAGAUAUGAAUAUCAACAACAACACCGUUAGGCCUACAAGCACCGACGAUCAGGAAGUGCCAGCUCAACACCAUAUUCCAAUUGAGGACCUUCGAGACCUUCACAAGGCGUCAUCUGGACCUGGGAACAUGGCGGCACAUCUAGUGCAACGUCUUUAUCCAGAACUUUUUGGAGUGACGAACUUACGAUAUAUGUACAGUUGGAAUGGCGGGGAAAUCUAAAUAAGAAAGAGCUGUGCGAGGAAGGAAGGUUGUUGUGCAGCAGUAUGUGUGUACGUUCUAUCCGGAGGUGAAAGACCAAAGACUGUGGAAGGAUGUUGUAGUUCCUAAGGUUAACGAACUUUUACGCCGUGUGAGCAGACAAGAACGUAAACAGAAAAAGCAGUCAACGACGUGCAAUCAAGAACAAAGUCCAGCACUCAGCAUGCCAGAUAUAAACUUUUCGUACGUGUCCGACGACUUUGUGUCAUAUAUGAACCUGUGAGAAAUAUGAGACUUUCGAAAGAAACAGCAUUGUACAAAGUUGCGUUUAAAUGAAUCUGUGUUCUUCUUAAUGUAUAUACAUGUCGUUUUUUUAUCCAAAAAAAUAACUAAAAUAGAGUACUCCGAUUUUUGCUUUACUUACAAAGACCCACUA